AUGAAACCCUCAACCAUCAACGUCCUCCUCUCCUUGGCCAUCGCUAUGAUCGCCAUAGCGACCGAGUUGCCAGAUGCUAUCACCUCUGCCGCCAUCACCGUCACCGUGACGGAGUCAAUCUGCAUGGGCAGCUGUGCUGGAGAAGCUACUCCACUCUCUGUGGCCAACGCCUUGGCCACCGCCGCCGACGUUUCAGCUGCAGCUUCCCUCAUCGCCAACAUGAUCGCUGCCCGCCCCAGUGGAGAUGGCGAGGUCCAUCAGCUUACUGCAAAUACCACGACUGUUACGAUCGCGGCCAGCGCAACUAGCUGUCCCGCCCCACCAAACUUUGACCUGAGCCCUACCGGGUCGUUCUGGAGCAUCUUGGAUGCCGAUAUCAACAGCAUUACCGACAACAACUCUGAUACGAACGGCACCGUGGCCCCUGCUAAGCGCUGGUCCAAAGGCCGCCAAUCGCUCUGCAUCACCUCGGCCUCCUUGGGUCUCGCUGGCUACUAUGCAAUCUACCUAGACGGCUGGGGCCAAGAAAUGCAACCCUGUGGGAAAGGAGUGCUCGACAACAUCCGCGGCCAAUGUGGAGGUGUCGAUCACUGGGGUUGUGAUCAUUGGGGGACCGGCUUGUUUGUGACCUUCCAGCUCCCGGCUCCAUGGAGGGCCAAGUGUGCUUUGGACGGGGUGUGGCUUGCUUCGCCAAAGAACAAGAGGGAGGAGGGCCUUUGCUGCGUGUGGCUGGGUUACGGCAUACAUGCCAACACCUGCUAG